AUGGAGCAUAUCGCUAAUAAAUCUCAAUUCGAAACAAUCAUUAAACUUAUUAGAGGAACAUACUAUUGGUUAGUUAAGGAAAAAUUUCUAAAAUUAUUCAAAUCGGUUUUUCAGGGGAGAAUGGACCAUGGAGAAUGAUCAAUUCCAUUUGGUAAAGAUGUCGUCUGAACAAUUGGAUUGUCAAGGAUCGAAACUUAUUGUCUUAAUGGAAGAAUCAUUGAAAAAUCUCAUUGGAGUUAUUAAAGUAAGUAUUAAGAGUUAUUUAUUCUAGAAAAGAACUCAUUAUAUUUCAGAUUGAUCCAAAUAUUUGUUAUGAAGACAAUUCAAAAUUUGUCGAUAAAUGCAUGCAAGUGUGCGAUCAUUAUGAAUUGAUUAUUGAAAUGCACCAAGAUACUGGAUCAACAUUAUUCAAUUCUGAUGAAACGGUUCGAAAUCCGGUACGUUUAUACUUUCAUCAAAAUGUUUAAUAGUGCAUUUUUUGAAAAAUCAAACCGUCAUUAGAAUUGAAUUAAAAAAUUAUAAUAUUGCAACAAAUUUCCAACUUUCUAAUUUUCCAGUUCUCACUUUUCCAAUACAGGUCGGAUGUUUAAAAAAAAACAUUUGAGACUAAAAAUUCAAGAUUUUCAAUGAAAUUGACAUUUGAAAAUUUGGAACAUUUGAAAAUUUGGAAUAAAACUACAAUUAUGAAAAAGAGCAAUGUUCCGUUUCCCAUCCGCCAACAAAAUCAUUCAUUUUCCAGACAUUGUUAUCUGCAAUCGAAAGACGUGAAACCGUCCAGCCAAUUGAACAACAAAUAGGACAAAUUGACAAAGAAGAAUUUUAUAUGUCACUUGUUGAUCGAACUAUGAGUGUUGAACAAAAAUUGGAGCAGAAAUUGAAUCAAAACUCGGAAAUGGAUAGAUUGAAAAAAUUAUUCAACCAAAAAGCAACAAUAGCGGAAAAAGUGAGUUUACUUUCGAAUAACUAUGGCCAUUUUUUGAAUUGGUCUGAAGAAAUUGGGCCAGGUUUAAUUAAGUGAAUCCGAUUUAGAAGGAUUUUUGAAACGAACCAUGGUGAAAUAUUUUCAAUACAUUUUUUUCGCACCUGGCCCGAUUCAAAAUUUAUUUUGCCAAUUAAAAACAAACAUUUUCAGAUGGAUAUUGUUCGGAUGCUGAAAAAAGCGGAUUGGACUCUAGAGGACAUGGUUUAUGUCGACCUCAAACCUCGAUUAGGAAAUAACAUUUACGACGUGAGUGUACAAUAUUUCGAAAAAUAUUCGAAAUAUUUAUGUUUUUCAGAGAUUGUGGUAUGUAUGGCGGUUUGAGUCGGAUGAGACAUUUCGCAGAAAACUGAUUGAUUUGUCGACAGACUAUAUUAUUUCAGUUGAUUUGCUGAAAAUAAUUGCGCCCAUGUACAACGAACAAUUGUACGAUGACGUCAAUUUUUGGUUGGACAAGUUGAGUUCGGAGACAAAUUCGUCUAAAAUUGUUGAUGUGAGUUUAAAAAUUACCUUUUUAUAAUUUUGAUCAAAACUUGUUUUUUUUUAAAGGAAAUUCGGGCUUUACGAAGAGAGAAAAGAGAGGAGAAGCAGAAAAAUGAGAAAAAGCCGAAAAAGGAGAAAAGAAAGUGAGUGAAAUCACUUCCACUAUUCAAUCGUCUUUGAGCCAUGAUCAAUUUAUUUGCUCUUUAAUAUUUUUUUCGUGUUUUUAAUAAAACUUGGUCGCUUUUCAAAAAAGAUUUAAAAAUUAAUUAUAUAUUUUGCAAUUAAAAAAAACUUACACUUUUCCAUUACAAAAAAACAAAGAAUUCGAUGUUCAAACAUAGUUAACUCGAAAUCGAUCGAAUUCCGCAUCACAGUCCUCAAAAUUAUUCAAGAACUUGGAAUUUUCAUAUUUUUCUUCAAAAUCUCCAUCGUCUCCUUCAUAAGUGUCCAUUUUAAUCUAUCUGCAACAGAAAAUAAAACUUAGAAAAAGCUAUUUCUCGAAAAAAAAACAGAAAAAAACACUUCUCGAAAGAAAAAUAAAAAAUAAAUUCUUGUUCGAGAGAAAUACAAAUGUGUGGUUUCCUAGGCCACGACCACGUUUGUGUGAAGUGACACCAUGGCUUAUUACGAUCCUGUCGUUUUGCGGCUAUUUGCGGCCCUCAAGCCAGCUUUUAUCAGUUUUCCCUGCAAAAGUCAAAAUUUUUCAUGAAAUAGCAAAUGCUCCCCACUGAAAUAUCGGUUUUUCAAUGAGGUAGGAAAAUAUUGAUUUUUUUGACUGAAAAAAUCAAUAAUUUUUGCAGCUGUCCACAAUUCUUCACAAAUGUUCGAUUUCAUCAAUAAUAACGAGAAUCCGGCCAAAAAAAUCGAGAAAAUCUGAAACUUUGAUGGAUUUGGCUGCUGUAAAUGAUGAAAGCCCCGAAAUUCUGACUGAAAAAUCAAAAAAAUUGCGAAAAGCUGAAAUUGCAGCCAAGAAAUCGAAAAAGGCUGAAAAUAUUGAUGAAAAACCGGAAAUUGAUGAAUGGCCUGUGAUUCCACCGGAAAGUCCGCGAAGAUCUUCAAGAAUUGCUGGAAGUUCGGUGAAAUCUGCACAAGAAGCUGAAAUUGAUGAUCAGAAGCCUGAAGUUCCACCUGAAAGAUCUUCUACAAGAAUUUCGAUAAAAUUAUCUGAAAAACAUGGUCAGAAAGCUGAAAAAUCGAAAAAUUCAUCAAAAUCUGCUUCAGAAGCUGAAAUUCAAGCUGAAAAAGCUGAAAAUUCAUCAAAUUCUGCUCCAGCGCCUGAAAUUCAACCUAGAAAUGCUGAAAAUCCUCGCACAUCUGCUCCGGGAGCUGAAAUUGUGGUCAAAAAGGUUGGAAGAGCAAGAUCGAACUCUGUUAGAGCUCCAGAAUCUGCUCCAGAGCCUGAAAUUGCUCCAGAAGCUAGAAAUUGUGAAGUCAAACUCGAAAUAUCUGAAAAUCCACAAAAAUUGACUGAAAAUGUUGUAGAAGUGAAACUGGAAAUUGAGGAAGCGGAAUAUUCGAAUUUUGAAGUCAAAAUGGAAAUUGAGGAAAAUGAAGAAGCUGAAUAUCCGGGAAUUUUGAAAAAAGUGAGUUUUUUGAGCUGAAAAUUCGUGAUUUUCAGAUUUUUUGGGUCUAGAAAAUGUAAAAUUAUCUGAAAAUUUUAGAUUUUCAGCUCAAAAUUCAAAAUUUUUAUUUAAAAAUUUAAAAAUUUCAAAUUUUUUGGAUCUAGAAAAUGUAAAAUUAUCCGGAAAUUUAAAAAUUUCCAAAUUUUUACACAAAAAAUCAUAAAAAAUGUUCCAUCUGCUGACUAUUGACUUCAAAAAUUCCACCAAAAAUCUUCAAUUUUUUCUAGUUCCUCUACGACGAGAAUAAUCCAUUCGUAAUCUGCUCUCGCAAUUUUGUCCCAUUAUAUCGUGGUCAACCAUUGUACAAAUGCUCAUUCUGCAGAGCAUCGUAUUCCGAAGGUUUGGAAAGCGAAUUGUGCGUGCGAUGUUUGUCAGAUAUCCAAAAUUGGCAAAAAUGUAUUGGGAUUGAGAAUUUCAACAUUAAACAAUUAAAUUCCUUUCAAUUCAAAUGUGUGAUGAUAAUUAAUUAA